CUCUCUCUCUCUCUCUCUCUCUCUCUCUCUCUCUCUCUCUCUCUGUGAAAACGCCAUGGCUGAUACCGCAGUUUCUGAAGCCAUCCCCACUAAGAAAUCGAGGAACAACACCCGGAAGGCGCUGAAGCAGAAGAACCCGUCUCCGAAUGAAGCCAACAUCUUAGCCCCACAGCAACAAACCCUCCUCCCUCUGCAGCCCAGUGGCGACGAUGACUCUGGCUCGGCUCUUAAGGAGAACAGCGAGAGCCUCUCGCAGCCCCGCUCGUCCCCGAAGAAGGGCAAGCCAAGGGCGAACUCGAAGAAGCAAGCGGCAGCCACGAUGGCAGGCGGCUUCGAGAAGGAGCUGCAGGAGAUGCAGGAGAUGAUGGAGAAGCUGAGAAUCGAGAAGGCGAAGACGGAGGAGAUGUUGAAGGAGAGGGACGAAAUGCUGAAGCAGAAGGAGGAGGAGCUCGAGGUCAAAGGAAGAGAGCACGAGAAGCUCCAGGGCGAGCUCAAGAACUUGCAGAAAAUCAAGGAAUUCAAGCCCACUAUGACAUUCCCGAAUGUUCAAUCUGGAAGAGACAAGGAACACGAGAAGGAGAAAAAGAAAGGUUGCCCAGAGAGAAAGAGGCCAUCUCCACCUUACAUCCUGUGGUGCAAGGAUCAAUGGAUUGAGAUUAAGAAGGAGAACCCGGAAGCAGAGUUUAAAGAGACUUCAAACAUUUUGGGGACAAAAUGGAAGAGUGUCACUGCUGAGGAGAAGAAGCCCUAUGAGGAGAAGUACCAAGCUGAAAAGGCAGCUUACUUGCAGAUAAUUGCGAAAGAAAAGCGCGAGGCCGAGGCGAUGAAGCUUUUUGAAGAGGAGCACAAGCAGAGGACCGCCAUGGAGUUGCUUGACCAGUAUCUCCAGUUCAAACAGGAAGCCGAAAAGAAGGAUAACAAGAAGACCAAGAAGGAAAAAGAUCCAUUGAAGCCAAAACAACCCAUGUCGGCAUAUUUCUUGUUCUCCAAUGAGAGGAGGGCUGCUUUGCUUGCUGAAAGCAAGAAUGUGUUGGAGGUUGCAAAGAUCACAGGAGAGGAGUGGAAGAACCUGUCAGAGAAAAAGAGAAGGCCUUAUGAAGAGAUGGCUAAGAAGAACAAGGAGAAAUAUAUGGAAGAAAUGGAGGCGUAUAAACAGAAGAAGCAAGAAGAGGCUGAGAAUGUUAGAAUGGAAGAGGAAGAGCAGAUGAAGCUUCAGAAGCAAGAAGCCUUGCAACUGCUGAAGAAGAAGGAGAAGACUGAAAACAUAAUUAAGAAAACGAAACAAAAUCACCAGAAAAAGAAGAAGGCAGACCCCAACAAGCCUAAAAAGCCGGCAUCCUCAUUCAUCCUCUUCAGCAAAGAAGCUAGGAAGAGCCUAAUGGAGGAAAGGCCCGGAAUCAGCAACUCCACCUUGAAUGCACUGAUAUCAGUGAAAUGGAAGGAAAUGAGCGAAGAGGAGAGAGGGAUAUGGAACGCGAGAGCAGCCGAAGCAAUGGAGGCGUACAAGAAGGAAUUGGAAGAGUACAACAAGAAUGUGGCGGCAGCAGCCACUGUUGACGAGCUAGAGCAGUGAAAUUAGACGCGUUGGUAGUUGGCUAUUGGUUUGAUAGCUUUCGAAUAUCGGUUAACCUCAUUGAUUUUCUUUCUCCUUUAGGUUGUUCUUCUAACUUCCAAUGAAAUCUCUGUUUGAGCAGAGUAUAUUCG